UCAUUUAUUUCCAUCUACAAACUCAUCCACGGUAAACACAACCAGGGCCCAGGGCCCCCACACAACACAUCCACCUUCUCAUUCUCCUUUCUCAACUCCUUCUUUCACGUACCUUCACUAUAUAUACUUUUAUUCUCACUACCACUCUCAUUCUAACGCAACUCAAACACCACCUUCUACCUCAUUCUUACAUCCUUAAACACUUGUUUUUUCUGUUACGUACGUUCUUCCUUCUUCUUCUUCUUAUUCUUCAGACAUGGCUGGUGAUUCUUCUGGAGACGUUGAUCUAAGGUUGGGAGAACCUAAGGGGCCGAAACUGGAGCCCGAGACGGAGCAGGGUUCCGCGAUACGUGUGAUGCCGGUGGCUGUGCACGUGCCGUCAGGGAUGUCCAUGACUGUGUCCAAGGCCCUGGCCCAAGCCCAGGCCCAACCUCAGAAACGGGCCUCCACUAAAGACCGUCACACCAAAGUCGAGGGGCGAGGCAGGAGGAUCCGAAUGCCCGCCACGUGUGCGGCGCGGAUCUUCCAGCUCACCCGAGAGCUAGGUCACAAAUCAGACGGUGAAACCAUCCGUUGGCUCCUCGAACACGCCGAGCCCGCUAUCAUAGCCGCCACCGGCACCGGCACCGUCCCCGCCAUCGCCAUGUCUGUCAACGGCACGCUCAAGAUUCCGACCACCUCUCCCUCCGACCCGGAACUCGGAGACCCACCGGAGAAAAAGAAGCGCAAGCGACCUGCAAACAGCGCCUACGUGGACGUAAACGACGGUGCCGUUUCAGUCCCCGCCGGCCUCGCGAGCUCGAACAAGCAAAGCUCAAGGACGAUCACGACGACCGCCUCAACGACGACCCCAAUUCCGCAGCACACCGCGAUUCCGCUGCCGCAGGGCGUGGUCCCCGUGUGGGCCGUGCCUUCAAACGCUGUCGUUCCGACUGCAGGCGCGUUCUUCGUCGUCCCCCAAGCCGCGUCGUUUCAGCACCAUCCGCAGUUUUUCACCAUAGCACGACCAAUCUCCGCGUUUGUCUCCUCCAUGGUCACCCCUGUUCAACUCCAACCAACCUCCACAUCCUCUUCUGCAAACGCUAACCCUUCCUCCACUGCGCCGUCGUCGAAGUCCCCGGCGAGAGCCACCGUCAUGGCUCCCACCACCACCACUACAACACACAUGCUGAGAGAUUUUUCGUUGGAGAUUUACGACAAGCAAGAGUUGCAGUUCAUGUCGCGCGCGUCUUCCAAGCAUUGAGAGGAGAACGAGGACGAGAAAGAGAAGGAGAAGGUGAAGGGCGUUGAAUCUGGUUUCCGCCCGACGACGUCGUUGGGAGCAAGAGGAAGAGCACGUGCACACGUGAUGCGAGGAUUAAAAAUGGUGGGACCACGUGCAUUGAUGUGGGACACCACCAAAAGUGGAGGGUAUGGUGGGGGACCCAGUGGGGUAAUGCAAAACUAGUACCACAAGUUCAGAACUACUAGUACUCAAUUUUUUCGUAUUUUCCAAAAUAAUGUUAAUAACAAUAAUAAUUAGAAUAAAGUUUACAUUUUAAUUUCUGUAAUCUUACUGCAAAAUUUUACAUUCGUAUUUUAGAAAGAGAUAAUGAAUAUUUCUUAAAAAAAAUAGAGAGAAUUACGUGAAAAUUUUGAUUUGUUUGUUGGUAAGGGGGAUGGGUCCACCUAAUGGGUGGUCAUGUGAGGGUAGAGGUAGGACCCAAAAGGUAGGAUUGUGAGGGUAAUGGGUGGACCCUACGGGACCGUUUACGCACCGUUCUCGAGCCGGCCUUUUCAAAGUGGUCCCUCUGUUGCGAGAAAGUUCAGAAGGCUACGUGUCGCACUCUGCUUAGUCGACAGGUGGGGCACCACUUUUACCCUUCGACACGUGGGGUUCUCUCUGUCCCACUUCGCUGGACACCAACCACUUUAUUGCUAUUGCUAUGCUCGUUUGAAGAAAACGUGAAACAAAGAUUAACACAAACAAGGAAAAAUAAUAAUAUAUUAUU